AUGUCUGAUAUCCUUGCGCCAGUCAAACCUUUGUAUCAGGUCUCCCGACUAUUCGGUACCAUUACCCGCAGCCGCUCCCUUUGGAUGAAUCUACUUUGGGACGUCAUUAAAGAAGGCGCUAUCCUCCCCAAAUACUUGCGCGAGCCCCGCCAACUAUCGACACCUCUCAUUGAGCAACUAGUCCGUCGUUUGACGACAUUGAUUCCUAAAUGGCACACCACUUGGGAGCUCAGCUAUCCAACGACAAUGGCCAGACUCGACAUUCCACUCUCUAUCACCUGGCUUCGUCUUGUCGCGGGAAAUUGGCUUUUUGUCGCAGCAUCGAACGAUUUCGAGAGUCAAAUCAUCUGUUAUAAUCUUUCCGGUGGUGGUGACACAAGUCGAGCCUACCUACCGGAACGCGUUAGAACAGGGAAAGCAGAAAUGAAGGAUGGUCAAGUCUUCAUAGCACUUGGAUUGGGUCCGGAACUACCAGCCGUUCGAAUCCUUACUUUGAACAAGAAAAAUCGUUUCGUCGAGCUAGCAUGUCUAGAAGGUUCCACCCAUGUCUUGUUUUUUGACGGUGAUAUCGUCGGGUGCGCAGUUCAGGACGGACUCAACAUACCGCAUCUUUAUGAUUGGAAACAGCACAUGGUCAUCGAAGUCUCUCCACCUCCGGGUGGCUUGGAUAUUCCUUCUCGUAGAAGUGUGCCGCAUUUUAUGACCAUAUGGAACAAUGAAAUGGUUAUUAUUCGCGUGGAUUGUAUAGAACUCUACAGUAUGCCCUUGCCGUCAACCAAAUCCGAAGUCAUCACUUUCGUUGAGAUAAUCGAAACUUCACCAAUUUGGGAGGUCGACAUCUGCUCGCCAGCGCAAGCAGAACCUGCGGCAUUGCAUCUCGUUGUGAUAUCUCCUGAUGGCAUCGAGCUGAUCGUUCUUCGUCAAUUGGAAUCCAGGACACAACUCGAACGUUCGCUUCUCGUUGUGACCCCACCUUUACCCGAGCCGUUUGAUCAAGAGGAAUACCUUGGGCCUGAGGAGGAUUAUCCAUUUCUCUUCGGCCUCCAUGUCGGUGCUUCUGGUCGACGAAUGAUUUGGGUUUCUGCCGUCGAGGCGUCUGUCCGCUCUCGUCGGCAUCCUCUGCGCUUACUCCAAGCCCCUAUAACGUUCACUGAACUAGACUACACCCAACAAAUGUCUACUUUCUUCGACGACUCUGAUCCUGCAUUGUGGGGUGCUGCUUGCAUGGAUUUUGAUGAUGCUCUUGGACUGGUGGUUAUCGGCAACACAUUCGGAGAAUUGUCCGUGUUCGACUACGGAGCAGACCGUCCUACAAAGUAUGACCGAUUGUCAAUUGACCUUGUCGAUGUUCUGGAUCCAGAUCCUUUGCUUCUCCCUUUAGAGAAAAUCCCCGUUGGCCUUCACCCGCCUCAAGUAAAUCCCAUUGAAAAGCUAUCCGACCGUUGUGCAUUGUUCGAAUGGGGGAAAUUUGACAUCGGUCUGAGCCACAUGUGGACGUUGGCCGACUAUGCUCAUGGCAAGCACCAUUUCUCGGGCCAAGAUCUUCUUCUUGGCACUCCCUGCGACGAUGCCUGGCUCCUAGAACAUGCAUAUGGCUUCCCUGGUCCGGUUAUCGUCCAAGCCUAUAGUUUGAACGAAGAGGCCCCUCGCGAGGACAUUAUGUUUCGCAUUGGGAGCAGAUACUUCUGCCGUCUUGGACUUGUUUCGAAGGAUUUCUUCUCCUGGCCGCUGGACGAAACAGAGUACUGGACAUCUUAUGACUUCCAAGGCACUUCUGACCCACAUCCUCCCACCUGUCCCACUGCAUUGACUGUUCGGUUUUUCUUUGUGCAGUUUUAUAUCAGGGAGACCGAGAGACGUGAUCGUUGGGAAGACUUACUUGAACGCGGUGGUCAACCUCCCGUGGGGGGAUGCCCAAGAUUUCGUUACAUUCUGUAG